AUGCCGGAACCAAUAAACACCACCUUGCCACACUUUAUUGCGACCGGCUUGGAGGAGGUGGCUCGCAAGGAAGGAUUCACCGAUGGACUCUACCGAUUUGAAACCGAGUCUGGUUCGAACAUGGGCGAUGGAUUCGUGGGAGAACUGCUGAAGGUGUUUAUUCGGGAGGCGGACCGUGAACUGGUGGUGCUGUGUAAGCUAUUGCCACAGAACGAAAUGCGCAAACAGCAAGGCAUCGCCCUGUUCGAACGGGAAGGGGAAGCGUACGAGAUAAUCCUUCCAUUGCUGACGAAAUUUCAAAGUGAAAAAGCUCUCGGAGAAAAUGUGCCCCAAUUCGACAACAUCCCCCGAUGCUUCUAUGCUAAAACGUACGUCGACCAAAUGGAAUCGGUGAUCAUUAUGGAAGACCUACGGCUGCAAGCGUUCCGGAUGUGGGACAAGGCAAAUCCGGUCAAUUUUGAGCAUGCCAGCCUGUUGAUGACCACCCUUGGGCGCUUGCACGCCCUAUCGUUCGCGAUGAAAGACCAGCAACCGGAAGAGUUCGCACAGUGCCGUGAGUUUACCGAUCCGAUGUGGAAAAUGUUUGAGCUUGAUCCUACCAACUCGUUCGACCGGAUGAUGUCUAUGAUGUGUCAGAGGGCAAUCGAUACGCUGGAGCCGCACGACACUUUCCGCCGGGAGAAGCUCGAAAAGUUCCACGAUUGUUGCCAGGAAGAAAUGAAAGCGUGUGUCGAUGCCAACGCAGCAGAACCUUACGCCAUUAUUGGUCACGGUGAUUGCUGGUCGAAUAAUAUGAUGUUUCAGUACGGUGAAGAUGACGUAACCCCCACCAACAUUAAACUUAUCGACUGGCAGCUAUCGCGAUACGGUUCGCCGGUCCUUGAUCUGGUCUACUUUAUCUUCAACUGUACCGAUGAAGAGCUACGUUCCCAUAGCUACCAUCGACUGCUCAGCAUCUACUACAAUAGCCUAAGCAAGCAUCUACACAAUCUCGGUGGAAACGUUGAGAAACAAUUUCCCCGCAGUGCAUUCCGUGACCACCUCAAACGAUUCGGUCGGUACGGUUUCCUUAUGUCGCUCAUGGUGAUGCCAAUCAUUUGUACACCGACCGACGAAUUGCCGGACACCGACGAGACUAUGGAGAAACUGAUGAAGGAUAUGACGAGCGGAAAUGAAAGCGAAAUGGUGUAUGGUACAACGGAAAAGGCAGCUGCCCGCUAUCGGAAGCGCAUGUCUGGCGCAAUCCGGGAUGUGAUAAGGUUCGGUUACAUAUAAGACAUAGGAUAAGAUAGCGCCGAUAAAGAUAUUACCCAUUGGUUGUUAUGAGCCUUGAAACAAUUGGUAUCUGAAAGAUCACACAAAAGUAUUGCUCAAAAAAUGUAUAUGCUUAUCGUGUGUGCAGCUUUGUCAUACAAUUAUUUCAUACG